UUGCUGAGUACAAGGAAAAAUGGAGAAACCUCAGUACAGUUCUUUCUCGAAAAAUGAAGUGCCCUCCAAGUGGAUCAGGAGCGACAAAGAAAAAAGCUUAUUACUUGGCUGAUGUAAUGCAGUUUGCUGUGCCAUUUAUAAAGACAGCCAUUCCUCCUUCACCUGGAAAUUUGCCAGAGAUGCCUGGACAACAGACAACCCAAGUACUAUCACCCUCAACUAGCGAUUAUGAUGAAAAUACUGCAGAAAAUGAUACAGAACCGGCGUCGUUCUCACAGCAGCCCUCACCUCCAUUUUCUCCGCCACCGCCGCCACUACAACAAACAGCACAGACUAAACGAAACGCAGAGAGAAGUCUUAUCACAGACAAACAUUUAAGGUGGCCUCACGGCGGAAAUGUGAAGAGGACGCAGAUGUGUCUGUCGCUGAAUAGUUUACAGCUAAGAAGACUAAACUGGACCAAAAUCAACAAGAUGAGAGGAAAUAAAGUAUUAAAAUGUUUUUGUUAA